GACGAAGAAGGAAGCCAAGUUUAAUGCAGCUAAAAAUGCCCUGACAGGAAUGUUUGGGAGCGAACAUCAGGACUCUGAUUUUACUACUGCAGAUGAGAGUAACAACUCUACAGCAGCUCAACAACAGGAGGAACUAGAUCAACUUGUUUCUAAAACCAGUAAUAAGACAAGAAACCCGAGUGUGAGCUCUCAGGACAACAGCUAUAAAGAGAUUAAUUUCAUCGGAUUAGUUAACCACUACUGUCAGAAAAAAACCCUCUGCCAUACAUUCGUUGAAGUGAAGAGAUCCGGUCCAGCUCAUAUUCCUCAAUUUUUCUACAAAUUAGUAAUUGACAACAAGGACUACCCUGUAGCUGAGGGUAAGACUGCCAAGGAAGCCAAACAAAAUGCAGCUCAUUUGGCAUGGACUGCUCUUCAAGAACAAACAGACUGGGACAGCAAGUGUUCCUUCUGGGAUCGUUGUUCCUGUUAUGUGCCUGUUGCCUGCCUGUUG